ACCAAGUCACCUACAAAAACAGGGGAACUCCUCCGUCUGGUGCGGUGGCUGGAAAGAUGGAUUCGGGAUUUGAAGACUUAGAGCUGAGGGAGGCUCAGCGGGAAUACCUGGAUUUUCUUGAUGACGAUCAAGAUCAAGGGAUUUACCAUGAGAAAGUCAGAAACAUGGUGUCUGAAUGCCGCUGUCGUCUGAUUGUAAACAUCAACGAUUUGAGAAGAAGGAACGAGAGAAGGGCUAAGGCUUUGCUUAAGGACGCUUUCCUUGAGGUCGUGGCAAUACAGAAAGCCUUGAAGGAUCUGGUGGCGUCCAUAGACGGCACCUAUGCCAAGCAGUUCGAUGAAUUCUAUGUUGGCUUUGAAGGCAGCUUCGGAACCAAACACGUCUCUCCUCGAAUCCUUUCUGCACGCUUUCUUGGAAACCUUGUCUGUUUGGAGGGAAUCGUUACCAAAUGCUCUUUGGUAAGGCCCAAGAUCACACGGAGUGUCCACUACUGCCCGGCCACCAAGAAGACGCUGGAGCGCAAAUACACUGAUCUCACGUCGCUGGACGCUUUCCCGUCCAGCGCCAUCUACCCGACGAAGGACGAGGAGAACAACCCCCUGGAGACGGAGUUUGGCCUCUGUACGUACAAGGACCACCAGACACUCACCAUCCAAGAGAUGCCUGAGAAGGCCCCUGCUGGACAGCUGCCCCGCUCCGUGGACAUCAUCGCUAACGAUGACCUGGUGGACAAAGUGAAGCCGGGGGACCGGGUGCAGCUGGUGGGGGUUUACCGUUGUCUGCCAGCGAAGCAGGGCGGCUUCACCUCCGGUACUUUCCGGACAAUUCUCUUGGUCAACAACGUGAAGCUCAUGAGCAAGGAAAUUGUCCCGACGUUUUCUGCUGACGACAUCGGUAAGAUCAAGAAGUUCUGCAAAGCCCAUUCCAAAGAUGUCUUUGAGUAUCUCAGCAGAUCCCUAGCCCCCAGCAUCCAUGGGCAUGAGUACAUCAAGAAGGCCAUCCUCUGCCUGCUGCUGGGUGGGAAUGAAACCAAGCUAGAAAACGGGACACGAAUCCGGGGGGAUAUCAACAUACUGCUGAUAGGUGACCCAUCGGUGGCAAAAUCCCAGCUCCUACGCUACGUGCUGUUCACUGCCCCACGGGCAAUACCCACCACGGGUCGAGGGUCAUCCGGGGUGGGUCUGACUGCCGCAGUGACCACCGACUCAGAGACUGGAGAGCGACGCCUGGAGGCGGGGGCCAUGGUGCUGGCAGACAGGGGCGUGGUGUGUAUUGACGAGUUCGACAAGAUGUCUGAUAUGGACCGUACCGCCAUUCACGAGGUGAUGGAGCAGGGACGAGUCACCAUCGCCAAGGCUGGAAUCCAAGCGCGCCUAAAUGCACGCUGCAGUGUGCUUGCUGCUGCCAAUCCCGUCUACGGCCGGUAUGACCAGUACAAGACUCCCAUGGAUAACAUUGGGCUCCAGGACUCUCUGCUGUCCAGGUUCGACCUGCUGUUCAUCGUGCUGGACCAGAUGGACGCAGACAGCGACAGAGAGAUCUCUGAGCACGUUCUGCGCAUGCACCGCUACAGGACACCAGGGGAGCAGGAAGGAGCUGCCAUGCCGCUGGGAAGCACUGUUGACUUGUUCGCCAUGGAGGAUCCCAACAUAACAGAGGCAACAGACCAGGAGCUGCAGAUCUAUGAGAAGAAGGACAACCUUCUGCAUGGACACAAGAGGAAAAAGGAGAAGAUAGUGACCAUGGAAUUCAUUAAAAAGUACAUCCAUGUGGCCAAGCUGGUGAAACCGGUGCUGACCCAGGAGGCCUCGGAUCACAUAGCCGAGGAAUAUUCUAGGCUCCGGAGCCACGAUCAAGUCAACUCGGACACCGCACGAACAAUACCUGUAACAGCUAGAGCCCUGGAGACCAUGAUCCGCUUGGCGACGGCCCAUGCCAAGGCACGCAUGAGCAAAACCAUCGAUAUGGUCGACGCAGAGGCUGCAUUGGAGCUCAUACAGUUCGCUUACUUUAAGAGGAUCAUGGAGAAAGAGAGAAAAAAGAAGGUUCCAGAUGACAACAUGGACAUCGACGUGUCACAGAGCCAAGACCAGGCCAGCCAGAGAAGCACAAGGAAGCGCUCCCGUUUCUCAAAAGAUGACAUGGAUGUAACUGAUGUGGGGGAUGAGUCUGACCCAUAUGACUUCAGUGGCGAUGAGCAACAGACUGAAUCCAGCCAGAAGCCCAAACCUACACCUCUAAGAAGCAGCCAGAGAAAGGCGGGGAUUGGACAGGACCGACUGAAGGAGUUCAAGACUGUGUUGCUGAAGGCGUUCAAAGCGACUCGCUCACAGUCCAUUGCUAUCCCUGAGCUGCUGAUGCACAUCAACAAGAGCCAGGUGGAGGCCUUCGAGGAGGAGGAGGUGAAGAAGUUGCUGGGCCGCAUGCAGGACGACAACCAGGUCAUGCUGUCUGAAGGCGUGGUAUUCCUCAUCUGAAGCCCUCCCUGGGUUCUUCACCAGUUUCACUGUAUAUUUGUCUCUGCACUUUUUGCAUUAAUAAAUCAAUUGAGUAUAAA